UCGGGGGGUGUGGGGCAACCGAACGUUCCUCGCCCGCUUCUAAUUGUUGUUGUGCAAAAAGCGAAGUGAAUGAACUCCCAACUAAGUUCCAAACCGUUCACUCGUGUCUGCCCAGUGCCAAGGACCCACAGGGAGCAAUCCGCGGUCUCUUUCGGCCUCUACAAUGUGACAACCAACUUUUAUUUUCCCCACAGCGCGGGCCUGACGCGGGCGCACCGGUCGCAACAAGUUUUCGAGUUCGGUGGUUUCCUUCGAUCGCUCCCAUCUAGCUUGAAUCGAGCUGCGCAUUGAUUGCCGCAGGCUUGAAUGGGCCCGGCCAACCAAGCAUGGAUGCCGUGGUAGCGGUUGCCAUUAGUGUUUUGGCAGUGGUUUUUGUCAGCUCCCUUGUGGCUCUAAUCGUCGUCUGCCGCCACCGGUACUGCUCUAACAAGGACCACUUGAGCAGACAGCUCCAGGACUCCCGGCCGGACAUUCACCUGAUCCACAGCCAAAAUGAGACGGCCGACAUGGAGCUGGACGACGUCAGACUCCACCCCGACAUCGAGAAGAUCCUGGCAGACGAGCAGUGGGUGGACGAUGCCACUGGCCUGGUGCCCCACUGCCUGGCGGUGCUCAAGACGUGCCACCAGCUGACGGAGCGCCUGGUGACUGUCUCGGUGGGCUCGGUGAGGCGUCCUGCCCAGUCGCAGCGCCAGAUGGUGGAACUGGCCCAGCUGGCCCAGAAGGUGGGCCCACGGGUGGACGACGUGGUGCGGGCUAUGUACCCGCCACUGGACCCAAGGCUGCUCGAAGCACGGUGA